AUGUUCAGCUGCUCCAAGGAGAAGAGAAGGCCCCCUGAGCCUGGUGCUCCUGACCCAAGCAGCUGCACCACAAAGCUUUCUUUGGCUUUAAGUCUCAUUGCCCAAACCACAUUAAAGAGGUUACCAAGAGAAGCUGGGGCCCCUGCUCCUGUAGACUGUAGCUUGAGCUCCUGGAGUCAAUGGUCUUCAUGCAAUCCUUGCCAAAAAGAAAUGUAUCGUUCACGGACCAUUGAGGUUUUUGGCCAGUUUGGUGGGAAACGGUGCCUACAAUCUUUGGGAGACAGGCGUAGCUGUGAAUCUAGUAGUAUUUGUAGAGAAGAAGAUGACUGUGGAAAUGAUUUUAAAUGUGAAACAGGUCGAUGCAUUAAAAAGAGACUUCUAUGUAAUGAAGAUAAUGACUGUGGAGAUUUUUCUGAUGAAGACAAUUGUGAAAAAGAUCCACGUUCCCCCUGCCGUAGUGAGACAGAAUUGUCUGAACUUGGUCGGACAGCUGGAUAUGGGAUCAACAUUUUAGGGAUGAAUCCUUUGGACACCCCCUUUGACAAUGAAUAUUUCCAUGGUCUAUGUGAGAGAGUUCGAGAUGGAAAUACUGGGAUCUAUUAUCGUAAACCCUGGAAUGUGGCAACUCUAAACUAUGAUACCAAAGCAGAAAAAAGAUUCAGAAUAGAGACUUAUGAAGAACACAUACUUCAAAUAUUAGAGACAUUCAGAGAAAGGAAAACAAAUUUUGGCAUUGAACUGUCUCUAAAACUCACAUUUACUGAAGACCUUUUUAAUUUAAUCGAUACUGUAAAAUCUUUUGGUUCUAAUGCUCCAGAAUUUGGGGAAGCUGAAGCUAGACCUCCAAAAUCUGAAAUACUUAAAGAUGAAGUUCCUGGGGCAGAAGAAGCUGGGGAUGGAGCCUCUGAAAAAGCAGCAUCUGAAGGAGAGUCUAGUCGAAAGAAUGAGGCACAAAAUUCCGGUCUAACAUUUCGAUUUAGAUACUCAAAAACUGAAAGCCUCCACCUUAUCAAACACUAUGCCUCAAACAAGACAAAAAUUUUUUUACAUGUAAAAGGAGAAGUUCAGCUUGGAAGAUUCCAAAUGCGAAAUCGAGAUUUUAUGUUGAAAAGUACUUUCCUGGAUGACUUAAAAUCUCUGCCUACCAACUAUGAAAAGGGAGAAUAUUUUGCAUUCUUGGAAAUGUAUGGCACUCAUUACAGUAGCUCUGGGAAUAUAGGAGGAAAAUAUGAAUUGAUAUAUGUAUUGGACAAAGAAGAAAUGCGCAAGAGAGGUCUUGAAGUACAUGAUGUGCGGAAAUGCCUUGGAUAUGAUUUCGAUUUUUCUUUUCAAACUAUAAUUGAUUUCCAAGCCAACAUAAAACAUUCUGAUUGUUCAGCAAUAAAUACAAGGCAAUUAGAUGACAAGAGCCACAAACACGUGAUAGAAGAUAUUAUUUCACUCAUAGAAGGAGGAACUAGAGAAUAUGCCACUCAACUCAAGGAAAAGCUGUUUCGAGGACCUCAGGCAGUUAAUGUGACUGAUUUUUUCAGCUGGAGCUCCUCCUUAGAGAAAGCACCUGUACUCAUCAAUCAAAAGCUAUCUCCAAUAGGUAAUUUGGUUCCAGUGAGAAUGAAAGAUGCACAUGAAAAGAAACAAAAUUUGGAAAGAGCUGUAAAUGACUACCUUAGUGAGUUCAGUGUCCACAAGUGCCAGCCCUGUCAAAAUGGAGGAACCACAAUGCUAUUGGAUGGGGAAUGCAUGUGUGCCUGUGGAACUGAAUUUCGGGGAAUUGCUUGCCAGAUUAAGUCAGUUGUUUGAAGG